AGCAAAUUUUAUUUAAACGACUCAAACAACUUCAAAAAACACUGGAUGAAUUGGACAUAGAAGGCAUAUACGAGUUAUUUUUGAAACAGCAAUCAACUUUAUAUGAACCAACAAUAGAAGAAUGGCAGUUAAUCAUGAAAGAACACGAACAGAGGAUUAAGAGUCCCGGCGCAUUAAAUUUAAAUAUGGAUGACGCACAAAUGCGACAACGAAUAUACGAGUUUUUGAUGUCAACUACUUUAAAAGAUUGUUCAAUAAUUUUCACGUUCCAGAAAUCUCAUUUUAACGAUGAAACAAGAGUUUCACGUGAUAUCAG